ACACAGAGCUAUUUCCCUUCACCAUAUCACCUGCCAGGCAGGUCCUAAUUUAAAAAGGGCCUACUUCCAAAAAUUCAUUUGAAAAAAAUCUGGUUAGAUUUCAUGGUAAUCUCUCCAGGGACACAAUAAUAAAUGCAGAGAGGUGUUCAUAAAGAGCAAUAUCAGAUGGCACCCCAAAAAAGGAUAUGAAAGAACACCAAAAGGGAACUCUAAAGAUUUAGUUGGAAAAGUAGAUGCAGAGAGGUGUUCAUAAAGAGCAAUAUCAGAUGGCACCCCAAAAAAGGAUAUGAAAGAACACCAAAAGGGAACUCUAAAGAUUUAGUUGGAAAAGUAGCACCGGGUUUACAUCAUACACUGCCUUGUAUUCCGGUAAUCUGUAUGAGUGUCUUCUUUUCUACCUGAUUAUACAGUCCUUAACUGGCUGAUUCAUCACUAUUGUCUGUAGCAUUCUACAACAAACAGUAAGCAGUUAAUAUCUGCUAAAUGACAAAAUGUACUAAAAUUUACAUUAAAAAAUAAAUUCAUGCUUACCAUCAGAACAUAACUUUUGCCCACAACUUUCUAAUUUAAUUUUCUAAAAUCUUGUAAAAAUUUCAAAAUGUUUCAGACACCUUUAGGCACUUGGAAAAUGUUUAUUUCAAAGUAUCACUUUUCUAACAUUUUGCAUUAUUUUUAUUAACCUAAUGACACUAUACUUUCUGCAAAGAAAUUGUCACCAUUGGCUGGGUGCGGUGACUCACGCCUGUAAUCAAUCCCAGCACUUUGGGAGGCCGAGGCGGGCGUAUCACGAGGUCAGGAGAUGGAGACCAUCCUGGCCAACAUGAUGAAACCCCGUCUCUACUAAAAAUACAAAAAUUAGCUGGGAGUGGUGGCGCGUGCCUGUAAUGCCAGCUACUCGGGAGGCUGAGGGAGGAGAAUCACUUGAACCAGGGGGUCGGAGGUCGCAGUGGGCCGAGAUUGCCACUGCACUCCAGCCUGGCGACAGAGCGAGCCUCCGUCUCAAAAAAAAAAAAAGAAAAAAAGAAAAAGAAAAAAGAAACAAAAAACAAAAGAAAAAGAAAUUGUCACCAUUAAUUUUAUUUAUUUAUUUAUUUAUUUUGAGACAGAGUCUCUGUCUGUCGCCCAGGCUAGAGCGCAGUGGUGCGAUAUCGGCUCACUGCCACCUCCACCUCCCGGGUUCAAGUGAUUCUCCUGCCUCAGCCUCCCGAGUAGCUGGGAUUACAGGUACCCGCCACCACGCCCCGCUAAUUUUUUGUAUUUGUAGUAGAGACUGGGUUUCCCCAUGUUGGCCAGGCUGGUUUUGCACUCCUGACCUCAAGUGAUCCACCCACUUCGGCCUCCCAAAGUGCUUAGGAUUAUGGGCAUGAGCCACCGCGCCCAGCCAUGUCACCAUUAAUUUUAGCAACGUAUCAAAAGUUCAGCUUCCAACUACCUACAUUAAAAGGUAUAAUAAUACUAACCCUGAACCUUACAUAUGUAAUGCCUAAAAACUUACACCCUGAAUUACUCUAACAUUACAGGGCAGACUUCCUUGAGAAGAGUCAGACCCUGCAGCGGGGCUCUGCCUUCCCACUGUCAGCCUCGGGGUCAUCUAGCUUUAUCGAUCCCCAUGGAGCGGGUCACCGAGCCCUGUGAGCAGGGAGAGGGCGAUGGGGAUGAGUAAACCCGAGCCGGAGGCCCGGCCUGCGCUCUCGCCCGGAAACCUCCCGUGGGAUUCUGGAGCCCAGCGGCGCUGCCUGAGGCUGUGGUACCCAGAAAUAUGGUAUUGGGGGUGGGGGUGAAAUGAGAGGAAAGCAAUCUGAUUAACUUCCAGCCUGAUAAGCAGAAAAGAGAAAACAAGGGAGCAGGAAAACUACGCUAGCACUAGACUGCCGGUCGCAAGCGCCGGGUACACACGCAGUUAAAACUCAAUGGAACGCCCCCGGGACUUCUCCAGGGCGUAAAGCGCAGCGCCCUCUAUUGGCCAUCGGGACCUCGCCUGGAGGUGCCGUCAGGAUUCCGUCCCCCAGCCACUCCCAGGCACUCGAGAGUAAGCGCAUUAGCCCGAGAAAGCGUUCUGUGGAACGGAACUUCCUUAUCCUAUCGUUUCCACACGGAAAGAUUUUAAUUCACCGGAAUCGACUGGCGUUAAAGGGCACAGUGAAAAGGAAGUUGGUAUCAACGUGAUCUCGACUAAGGGACCGAGCGGAAGUCCUCAAUCGUACGCCACGCGGAGAGCAUGCUGGGGGCCGGAAGGAAGAGGAAAUUCCAGUAGCCGAUCAGGAGUCUGCAAACUCCGGUGGUAGGAGAGCGCGCUGCUGUUUAAAGCCACGAGUUACCGGAGCGCCUGAUUCCUGCCCCGAAGUCAGUGGUGGCCGAAAGUCCGGAGUCGCUGUAAAACCUGAGAUUGCGAGCCAUGGUGGGGAGAUCCCGGCGGCGCGGAGCAGCUAAGUGGGCAGCUGUGCGAGCCAAGGCAGGUCCCACGCUCACCGACGAAAAUGGAGAUGAUUUAGGAUUGCCACCCUCACCAGGGGACACCAGCUACUACCAAGAUCAGGUAGAUGACUUUCAUGAGGCACGAUCCCGGGCCGCCUUAGCUAAGGGCUGGAAUGAAGUACAGAGUGGAGACGAGGAGGAUGGCGAGGAGGAGGAGGAGGAGGUGCUAGCCCUAGAUAUGGACGAUGAGGACGACGAAGAUGGAGGGAGUGCGGGGGAGGAGGAGGAGGAGGAGAAUGCCGAUGAUGAUGGUGGGAGCUCCGUGCAAAGUGAAGCUGAGGCCUCUGUGGAUCCCAGUUUGUCGUGGGGUCAGAGGAAAAAACUUUACUAUGACACGGACUAUGGUUCCAAGUCCCGAGGCCGGCAGAGUCAACAGGAGGCAGAGGAGGAGGAAAGAGAGGAGGAGGAGGAGGCACAGAUCAUUCAGCGGCGCCUAGCCCAAGCGCUGCAAGAGGAUGAUUUUGGUGUCGCCUGGGUUGAGGCCUUUGCAAAACCAGUGCCUCAGGUAGAUGAGGCUGAGACACGGGUCGUGAAGGAUUUGGCUAAAGUUUCAGUGAAAGAGAAGCUGAAAAUGUUGCGAAAGGAAUCACCAGAACUCUUGGAGCUGAUAGAAGACCUGAAAGUCAAGUUGACAGAGGUUAAGGAUGAGCUGGAGCCAUUGUUAGAGUUGGUGGAACAAGGGAUCAUUCCACCCGGAAAAGGAAGCCAAUACUUGAGGACCAAGUACAACCUCUACUUGAAUUAUUGCUCGAACAUCAGUUUUUAUUUGAUCCUGAAAGCUAGGAGAGUCCCAGCACAUGGACAUCCUGUCAUAGAAAGGCUUGUUACCUACCGAAAUUUGAUCAACAAGCUGUCCGUUGUGGAUCAGAAGCUGUCCUCAGAAAUUCGUCAUCUGUUGACACUUAAGGAUGAUGCUGUAAAGAAAGAACUGAUUCCGAAAGCAAAAUCCACCAAGCCCAAACCAAAGUCUGUUUCAAAGACUUCUGCUGCUGCCUGUGCUGUUACAGAUCUUUCUGAUGAUUCUGAUUUUGAUGAAAAAGCUAAACUGAAGUACUAUAAAGAAAUAGAAGACAGGCAAAAGCUAAAGAGAAAGAAAGAAGAAAAUAGCACUGAAGAACAGGCUCUUGAAGAUCAAAAUGCAAAGAGAGCUAUUACCUAUCAAAUUGCUAAAAAUAGGGGACUUACUCCUAGGAGAAAGAAGAUUGAUCGCAAUCCCAGAGUGAAACACAGGGAGAAGUUCAGAAGAGCCAAAAUUAGAAGAAGAGGCCAGGUUCGUGAAGUUCGUAAAGAAGAGCAACGUUAUAGUGGUGAAUUAUCUGGCAUUCGUGCAGGAGUUAAAAAGAGCAUUAAGCUUAAAUGAAGUUUUUGCUUAGCAUAAGGUUUUUGGCAGUUUUGGAUCAAUAAAUUUUUACUUUUAACUAAAGUCAUUGUAUUAAUAUAUAAUACUUUAAAUUUUAAAAAUUCUUGUCCACAAGGAAAUUUGUCUGGGUUAUUGGACAAUUUAUAAGAACUAUGGGAGCAAUAUGAAGGUGCUUGAGAAAAGAGAUGAUGUUGAAGUUUUCCAAUAUUCUGUUGAAGUUUUCCAAUAUUAAGUAUUAGCUUAGGGAAAUUUCACAGUUCAUUGUGGAGUGUUAAACUUAGAACAUGUGUAACUUUUCACAUAAAGAGAAUGCAUCUUUGACAGUUAUCUUAUUUGUAAGGCAGCCUAUAAAAUAGUUCUGAAGUAUUUUAUUUACCUAACUAUAAUUAUUGGGCCAGAUACUUGUUAAUAAAUGGGCUUAAUGUUAA